CUUAACUAUGGCUAGCCGUUGUCAUUGGGCCAAUCUUCCUCACCGGUAGAGGACACGGGCAAGAUGGCGGCGGGGCUAGUGCGAAGCGGGCUCGCUGGCUGCGGCCAGCAGGUGUCCCGGUUGUUGAGGAGGCGCUUCCACCGCUCGGCGCCCGCCGCGCUGCAGGUGACAGUGCGAGAUGCCUUGAAUCAGGCGAUGGACGAGGAGCUGGAGCGGGACGAGAAGGUCUUUCUGCUCGGAGAAGAAGUGGCUCAGUACGACGGUGCCUACAAGGUCAGCAGAGGCCUUUGGAAGAAGUACGGAGACAAGCGGAUCAUCGACACUCCGAUAUCCGAGAUGGGCUUUGCCGGGAUUGCUGUCGGAGCAGCGAUGGCUGGAUUGAGGCCCAUUUGUGAAUUCAUGACCUUCAACUUCUCAAUGCAAGCAAUUGACCAGGUUAUAAAUUCAGCUGCCAAGACUUACUACAUGUCAGGGGGGCUUCAGCCCGUGCCCAUUGUCUUCAGGGGACCCAACGGGGCUUCUGCUGGCGUGGCUGCCCAGCAUUCUCAGUGUUUUGCAGCUUGGUACGGACACUGUCCUGGAUUAAAAGUGGUCAGUCCUUGGAGUUCCGAGGACGCAAAAGGACUCAUCAAAUCAGCCAUUCGAGACGAUAAUCCAGUUGUGGUCCUGGAAAACGAACUGAUGUAUGGAGUUCCUUUUGAAUUUCCAGAGGAGGCUCAGUCAAAAGAUUUCCUGAUUCCUAUUGGAAAAGCUAAAGUAGAAAGGGAAGGAACCCACAUUACAUUGGUUUCCCAUUCACGACCUGUUGGCCAUUGUAUGGAAGCAGCUGCUAUACUGUCUAAAGAAGGAAUAGAAUGUGAGGUGAUCAACCUGCGCACCAUUAGACCGAUGGACAUUGAGACUAUUGAGUUUAGCGUCAUGAAGACCAAUCACCUUGUGACGGUCGAAGGAGGCUGGCCCCAGUUUGGAGUGGGAGCCGAGAUCUGUGCCAGGAUCAUGGAAGGUCCCGCCUUUAACUUCCUCGAUGCUCCUGCUGUCCGAGUCACAGGGGCCGAUGUUCCUAUGCCUUAUGCAAAGAUCCUGGAGGAAAACUGCAUCCCGCAAGUCAAAGACAUCAUCUUUGCAGCCAAGAAAACUCUCAAUAUCUAAUCUCUGCUUGACAUUGAGGUCCCUGGGAGUUCUCGUGUGUAAUUACCCCUUCCGAGGCUGGGGUCACGCUGUCGGUUCCCAUGCACGAUUGCAUGGUCUGGAGCCACGAGGCCUCUGGGUACCAUUCUGUGUGGGGGAAGGUGUCCUAGUACUUGGGGUGGAAGCACCUGCCCUUUUGUGUCUGUUACAGUUAAGCCAUUUCUGCUCCAAAGGAAACCAAUCUGUAAGAAUGUUUCUGCCUCCAUUACCAGCAGGACAGUGCAUCGGGGCCCUGAAGGAACUGGCCAGGGGUCUUCCUGACAGCUAAUUUAUCUGUACAGAGCGGUCAUCCCACUCAGCUGGGUUGUUUUGAUAAGGAAUAAAUGCUUCUGGUUCCAGUCA